GUCAGUAUUUAACAAACAGAGGCCACAGAUAUUUAAUGAGUUUUUGUAGACACAUAUCAUAUAAUUCAAAGUUUCCAUAAGACAAUUGAUUGAACAAAAGUCUGUUCAACAAAGUCGGAAAUGUUGGGCCAACUCAUCGUUUUCGUUGUGAUCAUCACAGCCAUUUCUGUCGAUGGAUUGUGCACCUGCCGACCUGGUAGGGGAGAAGUACUUCAAUACUGCAAAUGCCCCUCCACAAUUAGUUACAAAAUAGGAGAGCAUGUUAGUAUCGGUGAUUAUGACGGGUCAGUCACUCGCGUUUGGCACACAAUCCCCAACAACAAUCGGGACACAUUGGUGGUAUUCCUUCGACCUGGUGCGACUCACGUCGCAAAAAAGAGUAAUGGAUUAGUGCGACUAAUCACCAAGGAGGGAUUCUGCAUUUGCGAGAGGGCGUCUGAAAACGUGCUAGUACAUUGCAAGUGCCAUCAUGUAAGGAACCUCAGAAAGGACGACGAGGUGUUCCUUGAAUUUUUAAACGAAGCGGCCGCCCCACCUCACGAGUAUAAGGAUCAUCAGGAGCAUAAGGAGCAUCAUGAACAUAAAGAGCAUCAUGAACAUAAGGAGCAUCAGGAGCAUAACGGUCAGGAAGAAAGAUUCAUCGAGUCUGUCCGAUAUGACGUUGUGAUCGACCGUGACGGCCGACGUAAAGUCACGAAAGUUACCACAUAUAGGAAGCUUAACACCGAUUCAAGCGGAAAUCAACAGGAGGAAGCCGUCGAAGAAGAGGCGUUUAGCCCCAUCCAAUAUGGAGAUGAAGGCACAACAGUCAUAGUUACGGAUACCACCACGGAAACCAAAAAUACGGGAAGUAACGAACGAAGUGAGGCUGGAGCUGGACACCGCUACUAUGUAUGCAGAGUUCAUGGUGACACAGUGGAAGUGACACCACGGAAGCCACAUCAAACCGUAGAGGAUUUCUUAGAACAGUGGAUUCGAGAAUCAUCGUAAGUCUAUUGCACUUCUGCAGCUACAACUUAGUCCUGAAAAAAUCAGGAUCACCAAGAGGAAACAAUAAAAUUUCAAAAAACGUAAUGUACUGAAUAGUUAAAAAAGCACAUUAAUAAAAUUGUUGUUUCAUGAACAA